CCCGUGUCAGCUCAGGCCAGCCAGCAUCAGAGGGAGCAGCAAAAGUGUCGUCGUCGUCGUCGCGGUCCGUGUCAUCCGUAUUACAAAAAAAAGACUUAUCCGUUCCUCCCAUCCGCGCGCGCGAACCCUCCGGUAUCGUUACCAGCUUCCGGUUCUCCCACCCCUCUUGGAUUAACCCCCCACCAUUCGCAGGAUGAUGCUCGCCUCGACGGUGCGCGGCUUGUGCCGCCGUUCUUUCUCGACCUCGAAGGUCCUUGCGGCCCAGCAGUUGACCGUUCGGGAUGCCCUCAACGCGGCACUGGACGAAGAAAUGGAGCGGGACGAACGGGUGUUCAUUCUCGGGGAGGAGGUCGCACAGUACGACGGAGCGUAUAAGGUCUCCCGCGGUCUGUGGAAAAAGUACGGCGACAAGCGCGUCAUCGACACACCCAUCACGGAGAUGGGCUUCACCGGUAUCGCGGUCGGCGCCGCCAUGGCCGGCCUCCGCCCGGUGUGCGAGUUCAUGACGUUCAACUUCUCGAUGCAGGCCAUUGACCAGGUCAUCAACUCGGCUGCCAAAACCUUUUACAUGUCUGCCGGUACGGUGAACGUUCCGAUCGUGUUCCGCGGACCGAACGGAGCCGCCUCCGGUGUGGGAGCUCAGCAUUCACAGUGCUUCGGCGCCUGGUACUCGCACUGCCCUGGCUUGAAGGUGGUUGCUCCGUACGACAGCGAGGACGCCAAGGGUCUUCUGAAAGCGGCCAUCCGCGAUCCGGAUCCGGUGGUGGUGCUGGAAAACGAAAUGGUCUACGGCCAGGGCUUCCCCGUGUCGGACCAGGUGCUGGACAAGGAGUUUGUUCUGCCGAUCGGCAAGGCCAAGAUCAUGCGACCGGGCAAGCACGUCACCCUGGUGGCGUACGCCAAGGCUGUCGAAACGGCCCUGCUGGCGGCCAACGAGCUCGCCGGCAAGGGCAUCGAGUGUGAGGUCAUCAACCUGCGCUCGUUGCGCCCGCUGGACUCGGAUACGAUCUUCAAAUCGGUACAAAAGACGCACCACCUGGUGACCGUUGAGCAGGGCUGGCCACAGAGCGGUGUCGGCUCCGAGAUCUGCGCAAGAAUUAUGGAACACGAAACGUUCUUCCAUCUGGACGCUCCGGUUUGGCGUGUGACAGGAGUGGACGUCCCGAUGCCUUAUGCCAAGACGCUGGAAGCAGCGGCACUGCCCCAACCCGCCGACGUUGUCCUCGCGGUGAACAAAGUGCUAGGAACUAAGUAGACCCAAGAUACCUCACAGCCGCCACACCCUCCCCAUUUACACACACGAGUUCACACACGUACAUAGACACAAACACAAGUCACACUUUUACACUGCGAAUCAGAUUUUAUUUAGAGAGGGAAACAAACAGCAAGUUUACUAAUAAAGUACGAAGUUGCAUGAUGAGAUAGCGAGAAAGGGUUGAUUUUCCACAAAGUGGGUAGAGUUUCAUUUUCUUCUUAUUUUUUAGUGCAAUCAGAGCAGAUGAAUUUCCGUUUUUAGAGAAAAAAAUACGAUAUUGAGUCCAAAAGUAUCCACUACGACAUACUCUAAAACCGACUAGGAUGUGAUGAUUCUCAGAAGUUUCUUGGUUAGUUUCAGGUUUAUUUAUUUCUCGCAACAAAUUUGAUGAAAUUACAUUGUUUUCGAUCGAUCUGGUGAACAUUUUCGUUGGAAAAAGCCUAAAUUGCACGAAUAAAAAAUAAUGCUUCCUGGACGAAAUGAA